AUGUGUGAUAACAAAAUAUUCGGGUUUGGUAAAAGCGAGAUUGGCCAUACUGGUCAGCGUGGAGGGAUGGUCCUCGCCGAGCUUCGUCUUGCGAGUCUCCAUCACCUGCACAAAGAGCUGCUCGGCCUCUUCCCACCGGCCCUGGUUCCAAAACGUCGCCCCCAGGUUGGCCAUACUGGUCAGCGUGGAGGGAUGGUCCUCGCCGAGCUUCGUCUUGCGAGUCUCCAUCACCUGCACAAAGAGCUGCUUGGCCUCUUCCCACCGGCCCUGGUUCCUGUAUGUCGACGCCAGGUUGGCCAUACUGCUCAGCGUGUCGGGAUGGUCCUCGCCGAGCUUCGUCUUGCUCGUCUCCAUCACCUGCAUAGAGAGCUGCUCGGCCUCUUCCCAUCGACCUUCGUCAAAAUACACUCCUGCCAGUGUUCUCUGGACGAAAAUUUCACUCUCAUCUCUAUUAUCGAUCCACAGUAG